AUGGUGGAGACCAUGUAUGAGGGAGGGGACAGUGGUCCGUUCCGUCAGAUCUGCUCCCUUCCCCCACACGCACGGUGGUCUGGCCCCCAGGUGCCCCCUCCUGCCCUCGUCGUCCGCUCGCCCGUCGCGCGGGGCUGGUCGCUGAGGGCACCUGGCCGCGGUUGCGCGACGAAGGCAGCGAUGGCGGCGACAGGCCGGGAGCGGGAGCGGGCGCGCUUUGUCUACGUGAACCGCUUUGGCUCGCACCAGUGUGGCGGCGUCCUGUGGCUGGGCGGCCGCCGGGCUCAGGGCCCGUGGAGCCGCGGGCUCGGGGCCGGCCGAAGCCAGGAGGAGACGCGCGCGGCGGCGGGGGCCCCGGGCGGCGGGGAGCUGCCCCCCGGCUCCCAGCCCCGGGCCCCUGCGACCUCCUCGCCGGCGCGGGCGUCGAGCGCGCGGAGCCGGCCCCGGCAGGCGGCACAAGCAGGUUUAACCCAGAAGAAUUUAGCUAAAAAGUUUGACUUCCCCAUACCUUUGAAUGAAACUUCCAAAAUAAUGAAGAAAAAGAAAAAGGUUUCAGUAUGGAAUGGGGUGUACAAAGUCAUUUCUAAAAUGCUUGAAGAAAAUGAAAAAUACAGACAUAGGCUGAAAUGCCAACAAUUAUUUAGUGACAAUUUAAAUUACACAAGAUGAAUCUUCUUGUGAUCUUCUGGUAAGAAUCCACUUAGAUGAC